AUGGCUAUCGAUUCGGAACAACCACCUGCUGAAGUAGAAGAGGAGGAGGAGAUUCCGGAGCCUGUGCCGGUGGUGCAUGCUGAGCACGAGCCAGUGGAUGAAGGGGAAGAGAGUGACGAGUAUGAUAUCGAGAAUGAGGAGGAUGAAGAGGGAGGAGGGUUCGAGGAAGAUGAUGACGAGGACGAUGCCGAAGCUGGAAAAAGGCACAACUUGACUGCACUCCUGCUGGGUGGCGGCGGGGCUGAUGAGGAAGAGGAAGAAGACUAUAACGAGGAAGAUGGCGACGGCGAGGACGACGAACCAGCUCCGACACUCGCGAGCUCUGUUACUGGGUCGAUGACGUCUGGUCUCAAAAGAGCAAGGGAAGAGGAUGUCGAGGACGAGGAUGGGGUGGGUCCGCUGGCCGACGGAGAAGAUAAAGGAUACGAAGAGGAUGCAGAAGACAGGGUAGGGGCGAAGAAGGUCAAGACGGACUAAGUCAGACAAGGGAUGGUGAUCAGAGCGGGAAGGCUUAGCCGCGAGUUUGUCAGCUACGAAACGAACAGACAGAUAUAUCUGUGCAGCGGUGUUGUAAGAUUCAGAAGGUGGCGUGAACUUAUUUCUUCUCUUAUUAUAUAUGACGUUUUGCUGUCGACGCCUCCGGUGUAGAACGGACACAAAGAUGCUAUGUUUC